AUGGACAAAGAAGUUGACUACUAUGAGCUUUUAGGCAUUGAAAUCACUGCAAACACAAAGGACAUUAAGAAUGCGUACCGUAAAAGAGCGCUAAAGGUGCAUCCUGAUAAGAACCCAAGUCCCAAUGCAGCUAUACUCUUCCAUGACUUGACUCAAGCACAAGAUCUAUUGUUGGAUCCAGCAAAGAGAAGCGAAUAUGACCAAAUUCAUAGAAGUCGCCAAGAGAGAAAGAAGAAGAGAGAUGAAAUGGAUUCGAAAAGAAGAAAUGCACAGGCUGAACUGGAACAACGAGAAAAAGAUGCAAAGAAAUCAAAAGUGGAUCAGAACCAGGCUAAAGCUCAAUACGAGGCUGAAAUUGCUCGCAUGCGAGAAGAAGGUGCCAAAAGAAGACAGGAAGAUUGGGGCAAUAACAGAGAAAAGGAAGCAGAACUGCCUGAAGAGAGCGAAUUGGAUUGUGCGCUUAAAGUAAAGUGGAAACGCAAGAAGUUUGACUUUUCUGAGAGCGACCUUGAGCAUAUUUUAAAUCCCAUUGGCAGUGUAGACUCUGUCGCUUUAUCGCAAAAGAAAAAAGGCGGCGCCAUUGUCGUAUUUAAAACAGUGGUUGAUGCUUAUAACAUUAUCACCAAAAAGGACACACACCCAUCUUUAUCACAAUUCGAAAGCAUUGAUUGGGCUACAGGCAAAGCACCCGCGCUUGUGGAAAAGAUGAAUAGAGCCGAAGAAAUGAAGAAGGAAGCAAGAACUGCAUUGUUUAGCAUGAACGAUAGACCUGCUGCGGCUACUGGGAAGCCAUUAUUUUCGAUUGGAUCACAACCCUCAUUUUUUAAACCCAUGAGUAUACCAUCUAAGGCUCCACCUUCCUCCGCUUCCAAGGCGUUUGACAAUGAUUACGAGGCAAUUACAUUGAUGAAAAUGAGACAGGCUGAGAGAGAUCGACAGAUUUUGCUUCAACAAAGGCAACAAACUACGAGUUAA